AUGCCCUGUCUCAUAUUGUAUAUUCUGCUGGGUACAAUAUUGUGCAGCUAUCGGGUGACUGCAUAUUUUAACAAAAAAAUCGAUUGUGGACCUUACGGAUUUGUGUGUGAACGGAACAACAAACUGCGUCUCUGCGAAGGCGAAAACUUGCGAGGUCCUACGUUCUUGUGCCCUCCGAGAACUAUCUGCAAUGAGGAAUCGAGUGACGUCUGCGAGAGCGUCAUCAACUACGUGGAACCUCCAAUAAGAACCAUCAGAUGUCACCGCUACGAAAGAAUAGCUGAUCCCAAUGUACCCGACUGCAAGGGCUAUAUACUAUGCAUUCCUAAUAAAAACCGUUUCCAAGGAAUCAAGUUUAAGUGCACGGGCAACACAAUUUUCAAUGGCUAUACGCGAACAUGCUCGGCAUCCAAUUCCUACAGAUGUCCGUUAUCAAACGCCACCAAACCGUUUGUGGACUUCAUUGAAGAAGGCACUCGAAGAAAACCUGUUGGCGGCGACUUCGCAUACUCCGAUUUAAGCCCCAGUUUAGAAAAGAACCGACCCAUUGACUGUAAGCACUAUAAGCUAACUGUGACGCAAGACAGCAGUCCCAUUCGAGCGGCAUACUUCUGUCCCCCGCGACCUGCCAGAAAAGAAAUAGCCACUAGAUGUACAGUAUUCUCUAAUCAAUUUUGCCUCAUAUUGGAAAGAGUGGAUGAAGACCAAUUCAUACAAAACUCUGGCGCAGCUUCAAGACGACCAAGGAUCAAAACUGGGUUUGAUGAAUAGUUCGACUUUAUUGCCAGUGAAAAAUAUCUAAGACUGAUUUUUAGAAUUGUUUUAAAUAUAAUACUUGAAUUAACCUCCAAAGUUUAUAUAUAUUUAUCGAAAAAAACUAUUAAUUCUAUUCUUGUA